AUGCGUCACAAGUCGCUGGAGCCCAAGGAGCAACUGGUUGCGGUGCUGCUUUUUCAUUGGCUCACCCGUGGCUAAGGAUCUCACUAUAUUAGUUCGUCUUUCGAGUGCAUCCCUGAAAAGUAUAGAGCAGGAGUAUUACCGCAAGGGCAUAAGUACUUUUUACUCUCCGCCGCGCCGCAUACUUUACUUCAAUGAUGCACUGACAUGAAAGAUACUUAGAUGAAUAUCGGACAGCCCUAAUGUGGCGCAGUUCUUGCCGUGCGAACGAGUGGAAACUCGAUUGCUGGGCAGUUCGGACAGGUCGUGGAAGCCUUCCACCCUUUCCAGGCGCUUCGUUAUGGUCUCAGCAUUUUCAUCUAAAUCUCAAGAAAGUUCUAGUUUUUAGUAUCCACCUACUUUCUCAGAAGUUGUGCCCGUUGUAUCUCGAUGAUGUCCGCUCCCUUUAAUUUUAUUGAGUAAGGCAAACGACGAGUUUCGGGCUGCAGCGAGUUGCUCGAGUUGCUGAAGCGAAGGGCUCCGAAUCUGGAACGAGUUGCCACGAGUUGGGCGGGGGAGCUAGCUGCGUCGAAAUGGUAGCGACGAGGGCGGAGCGUUCGCGAAAGUACUCACUCGGAGGGCGGUGCGCCCUUUUUGGGAGUUCUUUCGCACCAAAAGAAGGCGGGGGUGGCGCUGUUUCUUUCCGUCUGGGGUCAAUAGCGGCGCACCUCUCCCCACGGGGUGGCAGGGGGCGCUCCCUUGUGGUUUUUUUGGGGAGUGUUGUGUCAAUCAGGGCUUGGGCUUUCGUUCCUCGGCGUUGCGGCGUGAGGGGUCCCCGCCAAGGUGGGUGCGUAGGUGGCUUGCGGUCCUCGACGGGUGCCUUGGUGAAUUUGAGGAACAUGCGGCGGUUGCUGUUUAGGCGGGUCGCGGUGGGUGCGGUAUUACUUUGGCGGGCAGGUGGGUAGGCUGGUGCGUUACAUGCAACCCCCCCAGGGCCCGCGGGCUGGAAGGACGCGCUGCGGACAUUUGCUUGCCCCCCUGGCUGCCUUCCACGCACUGGCAAAAGCCCCUUGCAUGUUCCGGCUCGCAGCGUUCUUGUUUUCUCCUUCAACGUCUCGCCAAGGCUGGGCACGCCGGAAAAUAUUGCUCGAUCAACUCGAGCAACCCGAGCAACCCGAACCGAUACCGGGCAAAUUUUGCCUAGUUCUAUUAGUAGAAUUUCUGAUGAAGUAAUAAGUACAAGAGACGAGCCUUUUUUUUUUGAAGAAGUCGAGCUCGGGGGGAGGCCAAGUGGGUUGAUGCAUUAUAGAACGGAGACGAAUAGAGGAAGAACAGCAAGGAGAUGAAUUAUUACAAUUGAAUAGGACAGUAAGCACAAGUAGAUGAAAGAAUAGAAGCUGGCUCUAACUUCGCUUCGCACGGAUGCAGAUGCUAAUACGAUGGCUGGCUUGGGAAAAAAAACUUCAAAAGUGGGCACAAGCCAUGGAAAAAAUUGAAAACGUCUUCGGAAUGAAGAAAGACCUUCUUAUGAAGUGCAUAAGAACAACAGGCCAGAGCGGUGCAGUCACCUUGUGGUGACAGCGAAGCCGAGGCAUCCUAUCCUAUCAGACAGUGCUGCUUGCUGGGUUAGAAAGGUAUCAUCUAUAACUAGAAGCAUGAUAUCAUCACAUAUAUUGAUAUAAAUAUUCUUUUGCUUUUUUCUAGCUAGGCUGGCUCCACCACUAUAGAUGAGAAGCGUAUCAUUUACUGCAUUUGCAUGAUUUAACAACUAUUAAUUUGUCUAAAAAAAAGAUCUUAUUUGUCUAAAGUAGAGUCUCUCGUUGGUCCGGACCGACGUGAGCAAAUCAACAGGAAGCUUGACUCUGGGCUCGAAGUGUUGGAGGAGGAAAUCGGCAGAGCCACGAAGGACCACUUUGGCUGGUGGCUAUUCCUACGUAGUGAGACGCUCAAGGGCAUGGCGCACGACAUUGCUACCCUGAUUAAGGCUAGUGGCGUCUCAUGAUCCCUUCCCUUGACUUCUUGCAACAAAAGAGGUAGUAACUAAUCAUGGUAUAUUAAUAAAGCGCAUAUUAUAAUUAGACGCAACCUACAUAUAUUAAUCAUACAUCAUAAUCAUACUAGUAAUCUAUGCACAUGCGGUUCGAGCAUGUUUCGGUCUAGAAAAUUUCACUCUAUGAGGGCACUUCAAUGGCCUCGAACGCUCAUCCCCUCAUAGGUGAGCCAACUCCUAUCCUAUGCACUGUUCUCUCUGCUUCAAAGCAUAUUUAUGAUAAGGGGAACGAAAUCUCCAAUGGGAGCAAGCCACUCAGAAGACGAAAGCAACUCACAUAAGUAGACGAAGGCAACUCACUCAGAAGACAGUGAGCCAUUUCUAAGCUGAGGACAGAGCACUUGAGCAAAUACACAGCAGAGGCUGCAAACGCUGCCGCCAAAAAGUCAAACUUAUUAAGGCGCACAGUGAUUCAUCAUCAAGAACCUCAUCAUACUUACAGUUUUAUUUAGGAACUCAACAAGAAGUCGAGACAAGCAGAUGAGUACUAUUAACACAUCAGACUAGUUUAUAGCACGCAUGGCGCAUGGAGUAGCAUGAGGUGCAUGGAGCGCAGAGCUUUAAGGGGCGCAAGAAGCUCCCCCUUUAGCUCCAUGCUACUCCAUGUGAUCCAUGCACUCCAUGCCAUGCGAGCUGUGAAGCCUGAUACAUAUUUCAUACUUUCCAUAUCGCAGUGCAUACUAAUCACAGUACUUUUCAGAUGAAUACUAUAAUUACACACAUUUUCAGAUGGUGACCAUAGUGUAUACUAGAUGUUGACCAUGACGUCAGUAGUGAGUAGAUUAUCUUCAAUGAGCCACUAUCUUUCUCGCUCUAUUUUCUCCGUGCUAGGACUUGAUGAACAGAUCGGCUAGCUCGCAUAGAUCGGCUUAGGGACUACCAAGCAUAUAUUUAUAAAGAGACUUGAAGUUGAACAGACAGUGAUAGGCCUCUGCACAUGUUCGCUCGAUGAUGCAGGUCACACUGUGGACGGCGAAUCGCUUCCCGAAUCGCUUCCCAGCUCUAAACCUCCUUCCCAACAGAGUGCGGUACCAACGAGGAGCGAGUCUCCAGCACAUUUCGCUGACAGAGGGCGUGGCUGACGACAAGAACGCAUGGGUAGAGGACGAUGCGAAACAUAUCGCAGCCAUCUCCAAGUUAAGUGCUUAA